AGCUUCCGUAACUUGAACUCAAUCCUUUUGUUCUUCAUCAACCUUCCUACAAGCUCUGUAUCAUCAACAACAGCCAUUGAAAACAAUGGCAGCUUGUGUCCACAACUCAAGGACUAGCACUGAAGCUGCAGCUUCUCCAUUUUCUCAAGACUCGGCAGAUCAUCAAUGCCAGAUAAGAAAUUCUCCAUGGUUUGCCAAAAAAUGCAAACCCAGUUUCCAAAAUCUUUUUUCAUGCGACCCCAUUAAGAGGGUUCGCCUGCAAGCCGAUAAAGAAGAUGAUGUUCUGUGGCUGAAGAUCAGAGAGCAAGCUCUAUGUGAUAUGGAGCAAGAGCCCAUCUUGUCCAAGUACUAUUGUUCUUCAAUACUACAGCAUGAUUCACUAGAAAGCGCCUUGUCGAAUGAGCUAGCGGCUAAACUCAGCAAUACAGAUCUUCCCAGAAGCACCCUCAUGGAGGUUUUCGCAGGAGUGUUGGCAGAGGAUGAGGAGGUCAGGAGAGCCAUUAGAGCUGACCUCAAAGCUGUGAAAGAGCGAGACCCUGCCUGCAUAAGCUAUGCGCAUUGCUUCUUGAACUUCAAAGGCUUUCUGGCAUGCCAAGCUCAUAGGGUGGCGCAUAAGCUCUGGUCACAAGGCAGGAUUGUGAUGGCUCUGCUGAUCCAAAGCCGGGUAUCCGAGGUCUUCGCGGUGGAUAUCCAUCCUGGGGCCAAGCUGGGACAUGGGGUAGUACUGGAUCAUGCCACCGGAAUUGUCAUCGGAGAGACGGCGGUGAUAGGAGACAAUGUCACAAUCUUGCAUAAUGUGACACUGGGUGGCACAGGGAAGGUGAAUGGGGAUAGGCACCCUAAGGUUGGUGAUGGGGUUUUGAUAGGUGCAGGGACUAAAGUCUUGGGCAGCAUUAGGGUUGGUGAUAGGGCUAAGAUUGGAGCAGGGUCAGUGGUUUUAAAAGAAGUGCCUCCAGAGACUACUAGUGUUGGGAACCCAGCUAGAUUGGUUGGCCUUAAAUCCUAAACACUAAACCUUAAUGUUAACGGCAAGUUGGACGGUUAAAGUCCUUGAGUUUCAGCAUUGAUUAUAUCACUAUAUUGUAUUGAAUCCUCGGCUGUUGUUAGUACUUAUAAAGCCCUUUUUCAUAUUGGAUCGUUUCUAUGUUUAUUGAUUAAAAUUCUAUAAAUUUUACACCCCAGAGGAGAGAAAAAUGGCAGUUUAUGGCAACUUCUUCGGGUUGGUUUUUC